CUGUUCUCAAAAUAUUUGCUGUUCUUUUGCAGAUGACUCGGAAUGUUUCCCCAAAAGUCCCACUACUUUCAUGCAGGACGGCAGGACAGUAGAAGGCAGCAGAAUGAACGCCGCCGACACAGACAUCAUCUUCCGUCAACAGUUGAGCAUACGGUCACCCCGUUACAGCACCUGCUCACACCUACAGACACACAAACAGUCGAUCUCUCAACCUUUUCUACUCCAACAGUCACGCCUACAUCCACAUACAUACAGACAAUCGCCUCUGUCUGUACGCAAACAGUCCAACCUAUUUUCACGCCCAUAGUCACACCAGUGACAUCACUGCCCACGUACACCAGAAGGCCUGCUGAUGUGGUACGAUUUGUGUGCAUCAGUGACACUCACAACAGAACUGACUGUCUGCAUUACAGUAUACCCGACGGUGAUGUGCUGCUUCAUGGGGGCGACUUCACCAUCAGAGGGGAUCCACACAACGCACACGUCUUCAAUCAGUGGUUGG